AUGUCGUCCCCUUCUAACAACUCCCGUCGCUCUCAAAUGCCCAGCAACCAACCUCCCCACCCCCAACGACAAGGCGCGACAGUUAGAGCCUCCGAAACACCCCAAGCCCUCAAUGAGGAAGCAGCCAGGGUAAGGGCCAUCACCGACCGAGUCCUCGCAAACUUUCGCAACGAAGCAGCCAGAAUCCCCGCAGUCAGGAACCAGGCGACGGCGACCUCUCCAGACAACUUGAUCGAGACCAUGAACGCCUCCUUGGACGCUAUCAGAGUUGCCGCCGGUAAUGAGGCUCCUCCCAGGCCUAUGAGAACCGCCCGUCAGGCUGCUAUCGAAAAUCGUCUAGGUCGCCUGGAUGAAUUGAUCAGGUCUCUCCGGAGCCGCCUCCCGCCCAACCCCGAUUCCGCACCUCCGUACACGGAGCUACCAUCCGAGGGUGAAGUGACGAUGGCGAUGUCGGUGCCUGAGCCGGAGUAUACCCCGCCUUACACUCCAUUCGGGCAGGGUCAGAAGAGCAAGCGGGAGGGGGAAAUCUAUUAUAAGGAGGAGGAGGAGGACACCGGCGAUGUCGAGGAGGGAGAUCGCGGCUUUGGAAGAUCAUGCGCACCAUCCCCUGAGUCGACGAUUCCCCAACGAGAUACCAGCUUUGCUGAGGAAGACGACGGUGAAAUCAGUGACGAGGAGAAAAACCAUUCGGAGGGGAACGAUCAGGACGAGAACGGCCACAGCUAG